GCGUGCGUCUUGUUUUCAUCGUGGAAGCGGGAGACAACAACGUAGCUAGCUAGCUAGCCAGAAAUUCUGAGUUAUUCAUUAUUUCGUUGAUUUUUAUUUGUAAACCAUUUCAAAUGGAAAUAGAGGGUGGUACAUAUGAACCAGGAUUCGUUGGGAUUCGAUUUUGUCAAGAAUGGUAAGAGCGGAUGGUUAUAAAGAAGUUCACUUAGAAAGUGCAUAACGUCACUGUAGCUAGCUAGCUAAAGACUAGUAGCUAUGAAAUUGAGUCGCAAUCCUUAUUCUCUCUGACGGUACCAGGAUAGUCUAAACGGGUGCUCGAGCAACAACAUGUUGUAUCCCAAAGAAGACAAGGAGAAUCGAAUCCUGCUCUAUGCAUGCAGGAACUGUGACUAUCAACAAGAAGCAGACAACAGCUGCAUCUAUGUCAACAAGAUCACCCACGAAGUUGAUGAGCUGACGCAGAUAAUUGCAGAUGUGUCCCAGGAUCCAACGCUACCCCGGACAGAGGAUCACCCCUGCCCAAAGUGCGGUCACAAGGAGGCAGUGUUUUUCCAGUCUCACAGUAUGAAGGCUGAGGAUGCCAUGAGGCUGUACUAUGUCUGCACGGCCCCUCACUGUGGACACCGCUGGACGGAGUGAAGAAGAGGUCAGAUGUAUGCAUCCACAGCGUCUGCUGUCACCCAACAGGCUACUGUGUCUCACUGGUUCACUGUGGCUUAAAUCAGAAUGACUGAUCGUUAUGUGGGUCUAAAAUACUCUGCCAAAUCAGAAACUUUAUUUACAGGAAUACUAACUUUUUGUGUUAGUUCUUCAUCAUCUUGUUGGAGUGUACGUCGUGGAACUGCUAAGAUUUGUAUGGACCACUUAAAUCCCAUGUAUUACCUUGUUGUGGAGGAACACCUAACUGUUGGGACAUAGUGUUAAUAAUGUAUUGGCUCUAGUACUUUUUUCAGGUAUGUCUUAUUCUUUUUUUGAACUGUGAGAAAUUAAAAAAGACAACUUUUGUUAAA